CUACGCGUCGUAACAGCCCAACUAAUUUCUAUUUUCAGAUUCCGAACGCUACAAAGCCCAGAAAAAUCUACUUUCUCUUACAGUUUUUAAAAAAUAUUUCAUUAAUGGAAAGUCUCUGGCGGGCGGCGACGGGCCAGGAUCCGAAUCCUGAGGAUUACAAGGGCAUCGAGUUUUGGUCCAAUCCCGAACGAUCCGGCUGGCUCACCAAGCAAGGCGAAUACAUUAAAACCUGGCGCCGCCGAUGGUUCGUUCUCAAACAAGGCAAGCUCUUCUGGUUCAAAGACUCUUCCAAUAUCACCCGCGCCUCCACACCACGUGGCGUCAUCCCCGUCGGUACCUGCCUCACUGUCAAAGGCGCCGAGGACGUCGUCAACAAACCGUACGCUUUUGAACUCUCUACCGGCGAUUAUACGAUGUACUUCGUUGCCGAUACGGAGAAGGAGAAGGAGGAAUGGAUCAAUUCGAUUGGUCGAGCGAUUGUUCAACACUCAAGGUCGGUGACGGAAUCGGAAGUCGUUGAUUAUGAUAGCAGGCGGUGAUCUGAUCCUUUCUGAUCCUCGUCAAACUACUUGGUUUUCUUUACUGUUUGCUUUUUUUUUUUUGCGUGUUGUGCUCAUAUUAUUUGCACUUUUUUUGGGGUGUAAUUAAUAUGUUGUAUUUAGACUCUGUGUACAAUUAACGCUUCUUGAAGAGAAUUUUCUUUACUAA